UGAGGCGCGUCCGUAGUGGAGUCCGUGCCUGCAUCUAAGACGCUCGCCACUCCCUCCGCAACACAACACCUCGAUUCGACAGCUUUCAUGCCAUUUCCAACACGUUCUCUUUUUAGGUAACUCCCACACUCAUCGUAGCCGUGUCCCCGAGUCUCACGGCACAGCGCGCCGAGUUCGCACCAGCAUGCCGUCGGGCGGGUCCGCUCGCUCCACGCCGCGGCGCACAUCGGGGGGCGUGUCGCGGUCGUACACGGACGAGCUGCAGCAGCAGUCGCCGCUCAUGGCGCCCGCGUCCUCCGCGUCCCCGGGCGCGUUCGUUGGUGGGUCAUCGCGGUUCUCCGGGGGCGGCGACGAGGCGGCGGCGGAGCUGCUCAUCGGCAUUCCGCCCAAGCGGCGCGCGGGCAGCAGCAGCUCCGCGGGCAGCUUCCAGGAGCGCGACCGCAAGACCGUGUGGUUCGGCCGCCCGGGGCACGGCGCCGUGGGCAUCUCGGGCGUGGAGAGCGACGCGGGCAGCAGCGCGGGCAGCGCGGGCGGCGAGGCGUCGGCGUUCGGCAACUCGCUGACGGGCCCCGCGAGCUCGCGGCUGAACGGGCUGCUGUUCGGCGGGGGCGGCGGGGGGGGCAUGUCGGCGUCGAUGGUGGGCGAGGAGGAGACGAUGCCCAUCGCCGGCACCGUGGGCGAGCCCAGCCCGUCGCACAGCGGCACGUUGCGUGACUACUCGCUGCGCGAAAAGCACUUCUGGACGUGCGAGCGCGUGGUGCUGGCGUGCGCGCUGGUGGGGCUGCUGGUAUCCAGCUCGCUGCUGCUCGUGCUCUGGCUCUCCGGCGCCAUGAACAAAGCCGCCCCUCCCCCCAUGGACCCCUCGGUGUCGCAGGCGUCCCCCGCUCCCCCUGCACAGGCGCAGUGGGCGGACCAGAGCAGCGCGCAGGGGGAGGGCGCGGGGGGUACAGAUGGCGCGGGGGAUGGAGGCGGUGCAGGGCCAGGGGGGGCAGGGGGGGGCGGGGAUACGGGCGGAUGCGAGGGGCCGUGCUGCAGCUCGCGCGCACCAGCUCUGGCGGCCAGCACCGCCAGCAUGCCCUCCGUGUGGUGGUCCGCCGCCCUCCAUCACGGCGCGCAGGUGCAGCUGCAGGCGUCCAACGGGCUGUGGGUGGGGCCACGCCUGCCAGCGGGACGGUGGGCGGAGCCGGGGGCAUACCACGAGGCGGCGCCGCCCACGGAGUUCUACACCGUGGAGCGCCAGGACGCCCAGGGGCAGGGGGGCGGCGCGCUGCGCCUGCGCACGCCGCAGGGCACGUACCUGACGUGCGGGCGCGAGCUCAUGGUCACCGGGCUGGACGUUGCUCCCGGGCCUGCCACGCUGCUCACCGCUGAAGUCGAGGAGGGCAUACCGCAGAAGGUGCGCCUGCAGUGCUCGGACGGGUCGUUCAUGGUGGUGGAGGAGUCGGGCGCGCUCAUGCGCUCGCACAACCGUGACGUGGCGCAGCCCUUCGCCGUGCGCGAGGUCAUGCAGCUGCCCGCCUUCCGUGGGGUGGGCUUCCCCGGCUGGCUGGUGCUGGAGGGGUGGCUGCGCCCGGACCUGUUUCGCCGCGUGCCCACUUACACAGACGGGCUGCAGUUCUCGCUGCAGUCGCUCUACACCGGCAACUUCCUGCACGUCGACCCCACCAACGCCUUCCGCCUUGUGGCGCGCGACGCGCGCCCCGGCGACUGGGCGUCGUUCCACAUGCGCACGCUCACGCUGGGCGACCCGCACCUGCACGAGGUGCGCUCGCUCGACUUCUCCUUCUGGUCGCUGCACAACGCCUCCGCCGCCGCUGCCACACCGCCGCCCAACGCCUCCGCUGCUGCCGGUGGUGGCGGCGGCAGUGGUGGCCCAGCAGCAACGGCGGGGGGGGGCUCGGCGGUGGCGGAUGUGCGCAGCGACGUGGCGAGUGUGGGCGGCGAGGGGCUGGAGACGUUCCGGUUUGUGUUCCACGGCGCAGAGGUGCGGUGGGUGAUGAUCCAGGCACCCAACGGGCGCUUCCUCACCGUCAACGACGACGGCAGCGUGACGGCGUCCGUGCCGGCGGAGCAGGUGAACACAGCCGUGGGCAGCUGGGCGUGGACCACGGGCGUCGCAUUCCUGCUCGUGCAGAACACGGCUGUGCGCGGCGAGUGGCAGUUGGGGCGGCAGUGGGGCCCGGCCGAGGUGGAGAAGCGGCUGGAGCAGCACCGCAGCACGUGGGUGAGUGAGGAGCACUUUGCGGCGCUGCAGGCGGCGGGCGUAAACGCGGUGCGCGUGCCCGUGGGGUACUGGCUGGCGGAGGAGGGCAAGGCGGAGGGCGACGUGGGCGCGGGGGGGCCGUUGUACCCGUUCAGCAAGGGAGGACUCAAGUACCUGGACUGGGCCUUCGACAUGGCCGGCAAGUACGGCAUGCGCGUGCUACUCUCCCUGCACGCAGCGCCAGGCUCGCAGAACGGCUACGAGCAUUCAGCGAGCCGCGACGGCAUUCCGGACUGGGGGUCAUCGCAGGUCAACAUCGACCGCACCGUGGAGGCCGUGGACUGGCUGGCGGCGCGCUACGCGGGCAACGAGGCGUUCGCGGGCAUGGCGGUGCUGAACGAGCCCUUGGCCGAGGCCAUCUCCCCGAAGACCCUCGGCAACUACUACGAGCGCGCGUACGCCGCCGUGCGCGCGCACUCGCAGUGCGCGUACGUGGCGAUCAGUGCGCGCGUGGGCGCGGAGGCGACGGAGGUUCUGGACUAUCUAUCAAACGAGGAGGUGUUCACGAACGUGAUCCACGACGAGCACUUCUACAACAUCUUCCACGACGCCCCCAAGUCCACCGCCACGCCCGCCGCCGCCGCCACUGAUCCCGCCGCCACCAACCCCGCUGCCAACACGGCGGCGACGGCGGACUCGGCGGGUGGUGUGGCGGGCAACCUGUCGGCGGUGCUGAGCUUCGUGCUGACCACGCGCGUGAAGGAGCUCGCAGAGUUGCAGCCCGCCGGCAGCGAGCGCGUGGCCAUGGUGGGCGAGUGGUCGCUGGCCGUGGCGGGGUACGACAGCGUGGAUGACGCCGGCAUGGCGGGGCUGGCCUCCGCGCAGCUUGCGGCAUACGCUCGUGCGCGCGCCGGGUGGUUCUUCUUCUCACACCGCAUAGGGCGCCCGCAGUGGCCGCGCUUCAGCUUCCUGGACUCGCUGGGGCAUGGCUGGCUGUCACUGGAGGGCGGCGGCGGCUGGUACUAAGGGGGGAGUGGGGGGAGUGGGGGGAGUGGGGGGGGAUGGUGGGAGUUGGGGGGGGGUUGACUUGCUGGGCUGGGAUGUGCGGCCGGUGGGUGUCGAGUUGCGUUGGCAUCAGUUGGCCGCCUGCCAUGACCCCAUCCUUCCUGGCCUGGAUGGGCGGGUAUGGCCUUGCUAUUCUUGCAUCUUGCUGUGAACUUAUGCUUGUAAACAAUCUGAUAUUUAUUCUUUGUGUGUACUA